AUGGCCAUGCCUGAAGAGAUGUCGAGGGGCACCCCACCACCACCGCCGGCCAAGCCGUCCUCCCAGCAGGAGGGGGAUCUUGUGCCCCUGAACCGUGAAGUCCGCGCCUUGGGCGACCUGCUGCGUGCGUACCGCUUCUUGUAUCGAUCACUGCCCACGUGUGUGCCGAGAACGACGCCCUCCAUUUCCAAGACAGCUCAGAGUAGCCGCGGGGGAUCACGAAAAGACAAGCGCGCUCCAGCUCCGCUGGUGGGUACGUCGACGGAUGCCGAAGAGGCGUUGCUGCUGCCGUUGCAGCGCGAUGUUGUGCAGUGCGUGCUGCAACGCCUGCAGGUGAUGGAGCUUGUUCUCAAGAGGUUGGUGGAUCGAGGUGCAUCACAGAAGGGCGGUACACUCGGCGGCCCCGAAAAGGCAAUGCGUGAGGAGGUCACCGCAUUCUUCGCUGAGGAGAUCCGUGUUGUCGCCGAGCUUGUGGCGUUGCGCGGUGCUCAUGAGCGCGACGCCCAGUCGUUGGGGUGCCUCGUCCAUGUCCUCACUGCCGCAGCGGAUGCAGGGGUGGUGGUGUCCGUCGCCACGCUUGUCGAGGCAGCAGCGGCGGCGGUGCAGCACAGCCAGCGUGGCGUGGACGAGGGGGGCGCCUCGGUAGCAACGGCCGCCUGGUGCAGCUGUGUGCCGUGGCUGCUUCACUGCUACUCCACCACACAUAUCCGGGUAUCACCAUCGCUGUUGACCACCUCGGUGCAAACGCCCGGCGGCGGCGCAGCAAACUGGUCGGCUGCGAGCGCAUGGAUGACCGCCGCUGCGGAUCGCGUGUGCGCCACGGAAAGCACUGAGCUGCUUCAGCUCACGCCAACACCUGCGGAGGCGCGGAGAAAAGGCGUGGUGGGUGGCAGCGGUGCCGACACGUCGGUGCAACGCGAGAAGGCGGCGAGGGCGCAUACAUUUGGCCCGUGGCAGGGUGUGCUGGACGCCGAGGCUACCCACACGGCGGAGGCGCAGACGUACACGUUCGAGGGAGACGGCGGCGGCAACAAAAGAAGGGUGGCAGGGGAGACGUGGCUGCGGGACUGGUGUGCAGGGUGCGGCAUCACAGGCGUCGGAGGAGAGAGCCACAGCGACUCCACCGGCAUGUGGCACCCCUACUGGAAACUGGUGGUCAGUGGGAUGGUGCGAAACUGUGCCCGCGCGGUGGAUGCGAUUGUCGAGCUCAGCGAGGGAGCUGACGAAGAGAGGCGCAGUGAUGAGCUUUCUUCAGCGAGGCCCAAGGCUACACGACAUCGCGGCCCGGCAUCGUCAAACUCGACGCCUGCAACUCUGGAAGAGAUUCAGUUCUACGCCGUUGGCUCUUACGUCGCUCUCCGACGCAUUGCAAGCUCGCUGCAGCGUCAUCAUCGUCUCAUGCCGCUGUUGCAGCUGCAUGAGAUGGUGAGCGGGUUUGUUGGCCCGUCUGGCGCUGUCGUGGGUGCUCUCUUGCCGCCGCCGCAGCAACGACGAUGGCACGAGAAGGAUGCCCCGCGCCGCAGCGCUGGUGGUGUCUCCGGCUCGUUAUCGACGGGGGCAGCUGCAGCACAGUUGCGGCGCCGCCUCUUGUCAGGCGAGCUAGUGCAACCGCAAUCUACCGCGCCGGCUUCUCAGGGUGAGCGCCGACGGCACUGUCGCCGCGAUCGCCGAUCGCCGGUGUAUCUGCCGCAACGACAUCAGGCAGGUGCGAUGCUGUGGCGCGAGGUUGCUCUCUUUGACGCGUACACCCUCAUUACUAUCGGCCACGUGAGCGAACACGCCGUCGACGGCGCGGAGGUGGACAAGAAUGCCGUGCUGCAGCAGCUGGCAUGGCUUCAGCAAGAGUGUGCGCUACACCUCAGGGUGCUGGAGGCUUCGGAGGGCAAGGUAGCCGAAAGGGCUGGCACCGACUCCGAGUCUGCGGCGUCGGGGGGUAACAUCGACGAUGAGUCAGUAGGGGCCGAAGACCGUGGUGCGUCCUACUCUAUGUCACUUGCACGAAGGUCGAUGUUGCUGCAGUGCCUCACACAGCGCACUCGCGCUGGGCUGAUUGCCAAGCUGCAGGAGGGACUUCGCCUGAGUGCCAAGGUGCUCGCCCGCUGGGGCACGCCGGAGCAGAUUUGGGCACUCUACCUUCGCUAUCCGUCGAUGGGGGCUAGCUGGGAGGUGGGGCGGGCGUUGCUGCAGUGUGGGCAGUACAGCGUCGCUAUGGAGGUGCUGGAAUCAUUAUUGCAAGCGAGCGCGACCGCGCGCGGGGCGGCAGCGACGUAUCCGUCCACCGUCUCCUCUACAUCCCUUCCUCCGUUGCUGCUGUCCACCGGUGCGAUUGCCGUGCGCCAGCUGCUGCUGGAGGCAAUGGAGGGUGCGGCAGCCGCCUUGGUGCAGCACUCACGGUGGUGUCAGGCAGCUUUUGCCUCAGGGGCCUCUCCAGACGCCGCUGCCACCUCUACCAACGGCAGCGCGGAGGAGGAGGAGGUGCCACUCUCGGCAGAGAUGCGUACGGAACUGCACUCCUUGUACGCACACCUGUACUCCCUACCGCUUCCGCUUCCUCUGUGCCUUCACGCAGUCGUGCGAGGCCUCACUUCGGCGUCCUCUGACGCCGCUGUCUACGGCAUCCACAACGAUGCCGAUGCCGCGUCCCCAUCAGCUGCACGUCCGCACAUCGGAUCAAAGUUCAACACCUCUCCACGCUCCUCGUCUGCGUUGCCGCCUCCGUCACGACAGCCGCGCACGUACGCAGAAGAGCGCGACCGCACGACGGCGGUGCUCUGCACAUAUGUUCUGCGGUGUCAUCUGGCUGAAAACCCGCAUAAAGGGCUUCUGGCCAAGACAGUGGAGCUCUGGGCAUCGUGCGUGGCGCCGUACUUGUGUCGACGCAGCUGUGACAGCGCUGGGGCUUCACCAGGGUCUCCUUCCACGUCACUAGAGCUAUCCCUAACGGAUCAGUACCUCCGUGCGGUGACAGCAAGGAUCCUCUGUGGCUACCCUCAGCUACCGGUCGCUCGACUGCUGUUGUCGCGUCUGGUGCAGCUGAUGACUCCGGCGCCGUCGAUGGCGUCAUCGGGCAGUAUAGGUGCUUCAUCAACCGUCGACGGCGACAAUGUCCCUGCAGGAAGUGAUGCGCGGGUAGCGCUGACGGUGGUGUGGUUGCUUGGGGUGCUCUACAAGCUUGUCGGCAUGCCUGCACCUAGACACUCGACCACCAGCCACGGGUCUCGUUCUCACGCAAACGUUGCCGUGCCCACAGCCCUCGCCUAUCGGCUGUGUGUGCCAGUGACCACCACCACAGCUUCAACGCAAGACACGGAGAAGGCAGCGCCCAUGUCAUGUGAUACGCAGCUCCUCGCCCGCUGCCGCGUGUGGAACGCUGGCUUCACGGAGCGUUACGCACUGGACACACUGCGCUUGAUGCCCCGUAUCGGCUUGGAGGCUCUCGAACGGCUGCUGCGCUCGUUAGCGCGGCGGCACUCUGCCGCGGAGGUUGCCACCAGCCCGACCGGGUCUCUCAUUGCGGCCGUGCAGAGGGCAGCCACUCUGUCUGGACGGAGCGUCGGCUUCUUCCACGAUCGUGUCAGCGUGAUCUUGCAGUACCGUCGAGUCGAGGAGGAGCAGCGUCAGCCCUGGCAGUGCAGCGCGUGCUACCUGUGGAACAGUCGGUACGCACGAGCCUGCAGGCGAUGCCAUGCCUUGUCGACGGUGCUGCUGCAGUGCCGCGCGUGCGGGUGCUUGACAUCGUCUGCGGACGACCGGGAUGAUCAUGGGUUGAGCUGCGACGUGUGUGGGACAGCGUUGGUCCCACCGCUGUUGUUUCAGAGCAGCGGCGAGGUGGCUCAGUCACCUUCGUCAGCGGCAGAUCGGUUGCUAAGCACUUCCACGAUCGAUGCAGACCUCGUGCACGUGCAGACACAAGACCUCACGGCUGCCGCGGGUAGGCGCUUCGCUGCUGCUGCUGCUGCUGCCACCGUCACCGGCACCGGUCGCGCAGCCAGUCGGUUCACCGCUUCUGCCGCCAUCGUACGCGUCGUGCCACUGCGACAGUGGACGUGCAUGCACUGCCGCACCUUGAACGAUCCGCAGCACGUUUUCUUCUGCCGCGGCUGCGGGCGAGCGACGACAGAUCCGGAGAAGCGCGAGGCGGCGGCCAGCGCUGCUGGUGAGGUCAAUGGCGCAAGAAAUUCGGUGGGUGCGCUGGCUUGUGAGGGUUGUGGGCACAUCCCCAAGUCCAUCGAGGCGCGUAUGCUGCCGUGGUGCGAACGGUGCGGUGCUCUUUAUCAGCGCGUUCGAGAGCUGCACAAGCUGUCUGCCGGUAACUGCACCUUGUCAUCGUCGACGACCUCGUCUUCGCAUUUCUCCGCCUCUGCCACCGGUGCGGUCCUUCCUGCCGCUGCUGCUACAGGGCAGCACUCACCAUAUCUGUGGUGGUGCGCCGAGUGCACGGCGGCGCUCAAUCCUUGGACACGCACUCACUGCGAACUCUGUGGCGCCGGCCGGCCUGCCGCUGCUGCUGCUGUGCCGGGGGCGAUUCCUGGUCUCUCACUCCUUUCAGAGAAGUACAACGCUGCCGCGCCGUUCAUUGCGCUGCCUUGGUUGAUGCAGGCGUGCCCCUCCUGCAAGGCACAGAGUCGUGUUGGCAUGGGUCAUUGCUGGCAGUGCCACGCGCUGCUGACGUGGCCGCUCGAGGUGCAGCGGGCGGUGUCCGACGGGUGGCGGCGGUGGGUGACACAGGUGGCGUGCGUCGUGAUGGACGUCCGAGGGACCGAAUCGAAAACGGAAGAUGAGGCCGCCUGCUCAUCUACAGGCGCAGACGCCCCACUGCACGUCCCAUGCGCGACGCAAUGGCUGUGCUUGCAUGAUGGCUGCCUGCAUGUCAACGUUGUCCACGGAGCAGCAGGAGAUGCUUAUGGCGACUCAGGUGCAACACCGGUGCCUCUCUAUCAUACAUGCGCCGCGUGCGCCUUUACACCGCGUCGUCCAGGCGAGGUGCUGAGCCCGUUUCACGACCACUUUGCCUGGAGUGAGGCAGCGGCGCGGCUUUCUCCGACGACCGCUGCGGUGGUGGUGGAGGCACUGCUCUUGCCACCGAGCUCACCGUUGCCCGGCGACGUCACUAUGCGACACUCCGAGUCGUUCGGGACUGUGAGCGCAGUUUCAAAAGUGUUGUCUACGGUACGAUCAGAGGAAACAGCGGCGACGGCGUCACAAUCACACGAGCGAUGGCUUCAUUCCUCGUGGCUGUCCGGCGCAGCGACCACCGUUGCCUGCACUUCAUGCGGGGCGAGUGUGGCGUCUGUGGCGGCGGGGCCGUCAACACCGUUGCCGGUGCGUCUUCGCCCGCUCUUCAUGGUCAACGUGUGCGCCUCUUGUGGGUGUUGCGAGUGGGGUCGGUCGUCAUGCGCGUAUGACAUACCCGGCACUCCCCGUGUCGGUGCUGGCGAUGGGGUGAGUCAGCGCCCGUCCUCGUCCCCCGCACGUCGUCAAGCGAGAGAAGUCGCGAUGGCGCAGCCACCACUGUUGCCGGGAGAACAUGCCAUGGCUCUGCGACUACUCCUGAAGGCCCUGGCGCACGCUGUACAGGAGGGGGUUGCGUUUGAACUACCUCCGUCCAAGCGCGUGACUUCCAGGUCAAGCUGCGCCGACAGUGGUGAGGCCUCAAUGGCGGCCUCUUCUCCGGUAUCUGUGACGCUGCCAAGUCGGAGGCUGGACUGGGCGUGGCUGUCUCGUUUUGUCCUCUCUGGGGUCCGGCUCAUCACCUCCUCCGUGAUGGAGGCGCUACCCCACCGCGACGACUCUGGCGGGGGCUCGUGCGCGCUGCGUCACCAGCACUGCCUGGACGAGCGCCUGCCGUGGCGCGGCUGCGACUUGGCGUCUCCGCAGCAGGCUUGCUCCGCUGAACCGCGAGUGGCCGUGCUUGAGAGCCGUGGGCACGGCACAGGAACGGUGCACUCAGCCAUUGUAGAUGUGCGCCAGGUCUUGGACGGUGUAUGUGCUCUUGCCGAGCACCGCGUCAGGGGCUCACUGUCGUGCUCGAGGUCGCCGCGGCGACAGCAUCGCGGUAAGGGCGAUCACGCCCACCGGCAGCACGCGUCUCCACCGAGGCUCCCGCCAUGUCUGCAGGACGCAUGGACUCGUCGGCUGAUUCUUGCAGCCCUGGAGCUGAUCGAUGUGGUCAACGCCAGCACUGUCUUUGACGAGAUCGGAUUUGCCACGCUGCGCCGCCUGUGCCUCCUGCUCCGCCCUGACGAGGCGGAGCACAUCAACACGGAAACCAAGUGGGCAUACCUGCAGGACAUGAAGCUGUCUCGGAGCCACGUGUUGCGCGGGUGUGUGCAGUGCGAGCAAUGCUUGACAACCCAUGAACCCGAUCAGCCGUGCGCCGCUCCGUAG